AUGCAGCCCUACAGCAUCCCGGUGCAGAUCACCCUGCAGGGCAGCCGGAGGCGCCCCGGGAGGACAGCACUUCCUGCUUCCACGAGGAAGGGAGCUCUAGAGCCAAAUGGAGACCCAUCAGACACGCACCCAAGGCUACCGUCCAGCGCGGGCGAGGACCGUGCCAUGCUGCUAGGGUUUGUGAUGAUGGCCUCAUCUGUCCUCAUGUUCUUCCUGCUCGGAACCACCAUCCUCAAGCCUUUCAUACUCAGCACUCAGAGAGAAGAAUCGAAUUGCACUCUCUUGCACACACACAUCACAGAAGACUGGAUGGACUGUGCAUUCACGUGCGGGAUGGACUGCCGGGGCCAGGGAAGGUACCCAUGUCUUCAGGUGUUUGUGAAUCUCACCCAUUCGGGGCAGGAAGUGCUCCUACACUACAACGAAGAGGCGCUGCAGAUCAAUUCCAAGUGUGAUGUUACAGACUGCAAAGGUAAAGAAAAGCAGACAUUAACAGUUUCUGAUGAGCACAAACAGGAAGUGCAGUCACAGGUCAAACUUCUUGCUAGAAACAGCAAGACUGGGGAGAGGGCAUAAAUUCAGUGACACUAUUAUCCCAUA